UGUCCCUGACCCCAUUUUCGGGUCCCUCACCCCAUUUUUGGUGUCUUUGACCCAAUUUCAGUGUCCUUAACCCCCAUUUUGGGGUCCCCAACCCCAUUUUUUGGCUUCCCAAUCCCAUUUUUGGAGUCCCUCGCCCCAUUUUUGUGGUCCCUAACCCAAAUUUUUGGCUCCCUGACCCCAAUUCCGGUGUCCCCCACCCCAAUUUUGAUGUCCCUGACCCCAAUUUCGGGGGUCCCCCCCCGUUUUUUGGCUCCCUGACCCCAAUUCCGGGGUCCCUGACCCCAUUUUUGAUGUCCCUGACCCCAAUUUCGGGGUCCCUGACCCCAAUUCCGGGGUCCCUGACCCCAUUUUUGGGGUUCCCUCCCGUUUUUUGGCUCCCUGACCCCAUUUUCGCUCUCCCCCACCCCAAUUCCGGUCUCCCCGACCCCAAUUCCGCUGUCCCCGACCCCAAUUCCGCUGUCCCUGACCCCAUUUUUGAUGUCCCUGACCCCAAUUUCGCUCUCCCUGACCCCAAUUCCGGUGUCCCUGACCCCAUUUUUUGGUCCCUGACCCCAAUUUCAGGGUCCCUGACCCCAUUUUCGCUCUCCCUGACCCCAAUUCCGGUGUCCCCCCGUUUUCUGCCCCCCAGCGACGUGCACAUCUGGUUCCCGCUGCUGGAGCCGCUGGAGGCGCCCUCGGCCUGGUGGGACCCCGAGGCCGACAAAUCCCUGCUGCUGGGGGUCUUCAAGCACGGGUACGGCCGGUACCACAGCAUGCGCGCAGACCCCGCCCUGUGUUUCCUGGCCAGGGCCGGGGGUCCCGACGCCGCGGCUCUGGCG